AAAAGCUAUGGAAUCCAACCAAAAAUUUCUCUGAAAAUUCUUCACCUCAAAUCUGUAAGUUUUUUUUUUUUUUUUUAAUUCUCUCUGCAAAUUUUGUUAUUCAAAUCUGUAAUUUCCAUAGAAUAUAUAAUGGUUAAUGAGAAGGAAAAUUCAAGUGAAAAAAACAUAGAGAACAAGAUAAAUGAAUUUCAAGAAAAGGGUAUUCAUUUUCUUGAAAAAUCUGUAUCAGAAGUGGAAAAGAUUGAAACUUUUGGUAGUCAAGAGUUAACUUUAAGUUAUCUUUGUGAAAAUUCAAAGUUGGGUUUUCAAGAAAAGGUGAAUCUUGAAAAAAAUCUGUUGAAUUCUGUUGAAAAAAUGAGUAACUAUAAAGGGAAAGAAGUAAUGGUAUCUGAGGAUCUAAAUGAGGAAAGUGAAAGAUGGGUUGAAAGGGAUUUUCUUCAGUUGAAUGAGAAGAAAGGGAAUUUAGGGUUUCCUAAAAGAGAAGCUGAAAAAAAUGAGGAAGAAAAUAGAGAAAAAAAGCCAAAGAUUGAAACUUUUUUGUCAUUAGCUUUGCCUGAUGUUUCACUCUCUUUAGCCGGUUCGAAUCGGGUACAAAAUGGUGAUCUUCCAGCAAAUUUGUGGCCUAGUAGGAGUAUAGAACCAUCAAAUAACAAUACAAGGGCUACAUGGUCUAAUGAUUUUACGGCUAAUUCGUUGUCGUGCUCGUUUUCCCACAAUCCGAGUUGCUCGAUUACUCAUAAUUCGACAGAGAAUUACGAUUAUUCUGUGGGGAGUCGUAGGACGGGAAGUGAUAGGAUUUGGAAUGCCGGGGAAGGAACUAAUGGAUCGGUUCAUAGUAGGUUUAGGCCAAUUGGUGAUGGGGGUGUUACAUUGUCAAAUCAUGUUGGUGGAAGUUUUAAUAGUAUUCAUAGGACUACAAGCUCGGAUAACAAUUCGUUUUUUCCAUCCGAGUUGCCUGCGAGACCUAGAAUUGAUGGUCAGUCAAGAGGCUCGGGAAAUUUGAGGCGUUUGGAGAAUAUAGAUGGAGGAGGAGGAAGAACACAUAAGGUUACUAGGCCGGAGAGAAUUCUUAGAGAAAUAGUGUCGGAGUCUAUUCCUCUUAUGGCUCAGAUCGUGCAAGAGCUUCCUGAUGAAAUGGUUGAAUCAACGAAAGUAUACUUGAGAAGCCUAAUUGCAACGCCUGAAAGGAAAGAUGAGUUGAUUAGCCUUCAGAACAGACUUGAUAGGCGUUCGGAUCUUACUAAUCAGACUCUCUCAAAGUGUCAUAAGAUCCAACUCGAACUUUUGGUUUCGAUAAAAACGGGUCUCGGCAGCUUCUUAUCCCAAAACACCCGCCUUCCAACAGAAGAGUUGGUUGAAGUUUUUUUACUUGAACGGUGUCGAAACGUAAAUUGCAAGAGGCUUUUGCCAGUCGAGGACUGCGACUGCAAGAUUUGUUCGACGAAGAAAGGAUUCUGCAGCGAAUGCAUGUGUCCGGUGUGUCUGAACUUCGACUGUGCCAGUAAUACUUGCAGUUGGGUAGGGUGCGAUGCGUGUUCGCAUUGGUGCCAUGCAGUUUGUGGUAUUGGGAGAAAUCUUAUAAAGCCUGGUCCAAGUUUCAAAGGCCCUUCCGGGACAACGGAGAUGCAAUUUUACUGUCUCGGAUGUGGUCAUGCCUCGGAAAUGUUUGGCUUCGUUAAAGACGUGUUCAUGUCUUGUGCGGAGCAAUGGGGUGAGGAAGCCCUGAUGAAAGAGCUCGAUUGUGUUCGUAAAAUCUUUCAAGGGAGUGAAGAUCUUAAAGGCAAGGAGUUACAUGUUAGGGCUGAUGACUUGCGUACGAAGCUAGCUAAAAAGAUGAUUUCUCCUUCAGAUGCCUGCAAUUUCAUCUUUCAGUUUUUUAGCGGAAGCGAUGGCUUGUCAGACUUUUCUUCUUCUAAUUUUCCUUCAACGGACUUUAGUAAAAAGAGUGCAGUUACUGAUCUUCCUGCAUCUACCUCCCUUAUUCCCAAAUCUGCCUUCUACAACACGAGCUCUUCAAGCGGACGAAAAGAUACGGGGCCCGCCGAUCAUCGUCCGAACGGCGUUAACGCUUCGUUCGCGCCCGACAAAAUGAUUGAAGAUGAAUGGUCCGUGAAACCAUUGAAGAAGGACGAACUCGAUUGCUUGGAGAGUAUUGUACGGAUCAAACAAGCAGAGGCACAGAUGUUUCAGAGUCGUGCGGAUGAUGCACGAGGAGAGGCAGGGAGUUUGAGACAGUUGGCUAGGCUGAAGAGCGACAAACUGGAGGAAGAGUAUUCUGAAAAACUCAACAAACUGGGCUUGCAGGAAACUGAGGACAGGAGGAGAAAAAAGUUGGAAGAGCUUAAGACUUUGGAGAAUUCGCACUGCGAUUACUACGAGAUGAAAAUGAGAAUGCAUAUGGAGAUUGCAGGCUUGUUAAACAGAAUGGAAGCAGCCAAACAGCUAUGGGUAUAACCUAUCUCUUCCUUGGUGCAAGUAUUUUAGUAUGCAUGUCUUUUACUUAAUUUCAUUGAUGUGAGUAAAUGGUUGGUGAACUAUUAUAAAUCUUUGGAAUCCCUUGAGGUGCCGUUUGUUGAUACAAUGUUUGGUUUCAGUUAUUCCUUAGACAUUAAACUUAGCAUUAUUCAAUGCAAUGUUUGGGUUUAA